AUGGCUGCCGCCGUCGCCGCCUGCUCUGCUGCCGCUGCUGCGGCCGCCCGGCAGCGCGAGCCUCGCGCACUGGCGAGCCACCUGGCGGCGCCGUGCCGAAACAGGCGUGGCUCGCCAGUGCCCGAGGCAACGCGCUGCCAGGCGGCUGCAGUAGUGGCAGCAGAGCAGGCGGCGACGGCGGCAGCCAUGGCCACGCGCUCCUACUGUGCGCUCGCGGCUGCACUGCUGGUGGCGAUGGCGGCGACUAGCACACAGUCGCCUCACGGACAGGGGAGUGCGCGCAUCACCGACGGCAAAGCCGCUAGGCUCGGCCAGUUCCCACACCAGGCUCUCGUCCUCGGCGACGGGACCCACAUUUGCGGCGGCUCGCUCAUCACCAAAACUGCAGUCCUCACCGCCGCCUACUGCACCGUCAACUUUGACAAGUUCAUCAUUCGCCUGGGAACCGUUCAUCGGACUAAGAACGAGACCACAGCCUGGGUCAUUGCCGCCCACUGGUCUGUAGCCCACCCGGACUACGAUACGGAAGCCUAUAUGAGUCACAACGUGGCUGUAGUAUUCCUGCCCAAGAAAGCUCCUCUCAGCAGUUUCAUUGAGCUGAUCACAUUACCUUCCUUCAACGAGGUCAAUGACACCUUCGUAGGAAAAACUGCCUUGCUCAGCGGUUGGGGAAAAACAGGUGACGGUUUUGGGAAUAUGUGUGAAGUGUUGGAUGACAUGCAAAUGAUGCUGGGCAGUAGUCAGAAUGUUUAG